CCAAUCAACCUUUGCUCAUUAUGCCCUGAAUAAGCAAUCACAGAUUGGUUGAUUGGCUUAACAUGCUGUUUUAGGUGGAGAUUGAAUAAUCCAGUAGAUUAAUUACAAGAGUGGUAAAAACAAAUUAGAAAGAUGGGGUCUUUCAUAGGCCAUAUAUUGCCAGGGACCUUAUUUCUUCUAGUUGGGGCAUGGCAUAUAUGGGGCUCUCUGGUGAGAUAUGCAUCAAAUCCUAACACAUUCCGAGUCCGGGUCUGGAAUCCUGUACUGGGGUUUGAUGGGAGGUUCAAGCACUUGGAGCUUUAUGUUAUUUCAAUUGGUGCUUUCAUUGAUUUGUGCAUUGAGCUCUUAUUUGCAACACACCUCAGGUUUUUUGUAGGUGGAGUCUUGAACCCCACUUACUUCAACAACUUUGAGCACUCGGGAAUGCUUCUAAUGUUUUUAAUCUUUGGUAUUGUUACCCUGAUCUCAGAAAGGACGAGAUAUCUUCCCUUGCCAGAAGGUGCUCUUUGUUUGAUUGCUGCCACAGCAUUUUGUGCAGAGUAUCUUCUAUUCUACUUUCACUCUACAACACACAAAGGUCUAGAGGGCUAUUACCAUGUCCUUCUUGCCUUCAUAAUUGGGCUUUGCAUUGUAUCUUCAGUCUCUGGAGCCCUUUUGCCAACCAGCUUCCCAGUAGAUUUAUGUAAUGGCAUUGCUAUAACACUGCAAGGAAUCUGGUUCUAUCAGACUGCUUUUGUUCUUUAUGGUCCCAUGCUACCAUCUGGUUGUAGGCUCAACGACAGUAAUGUCACAUGUCAUUCAAAAGGGAGCGAGGUUCGGGCUGAAUUGCUUGCUAACGUUCAGCUCUUCAUUGCAGUCCUCAUUGUCCUUGUAGGAACUAUAGCAUCCUAUGGCUUUGCAGCCUCAAGAUACGGGAACUGUGAAGAGCUUGCUAUUGAUUCAGGUUGGAGUAGACCAAGCAUGAAGUAGGGCUAUGCUAUUUUGUUUACAUUUCUUAUCCUUUUGCUGGCGAUGCUGCAAUAGCGCAACGUAUUGAAAGUCUUGUUUCUUGUAGAAUUUGUGUGUAUAUCGAAGUAAAC